GUUUCUCUAUUCAAUUGCGGCUAUGUACCCGUUUUCGUGACAAAAGCUCAAGCGAAAGGCUGAAGGCGCAGCUGCUACCGUGGUGGAAAGUGAAACCACGUGAGGGGUUCAUUGGCUGUGCUUCGGCAGUGGUAUAUUUCGGCGGUUUUGGUGGCGAACAAGUCGGUUUAGCUAAUUGAUGCAAUCUGUCAUUGGCCGGUCAGCUAACUCGAGGCAAAUUUCCACGAACACUGUUCCAAUAUAACGAGUGACAACGUCGAGGGAAGUAAUUAAAAUUUCACUUUUCAUUUAUUAGCUGAACAAAGACUAAAACCACAAUGGAAGGCCCGUCAGCUGUCUGAUUGGUUCAGGUGUUUUUGAGCGAAUCAUGAAAGACGAAUUCGAUUUUCUGUUUGUUGAGAAAAUUUUUCUUUGCUAAAACUGAAUGUUUGCGCUGAUCAUGAGUCGACUUGCCUUAGCGCGCGCGUAUUGUUAAGCUUUUGGCUGAAUGAGCAACAUUUCAAGUGCGGUUAGAACUUAUGUCAAGAAUAUUGGAAAGAAUUUUUCAAUUCAAAAUAGCCUUGAGGCGAAAGGUGGUGAUAUUGUAAUUUACAUUCGCUUUCUGCAGUCGACUCAAUAUAUAUUCAAGCUUUCCUUUUCUUAGUGAUGUUCUCUUCUUUUGUAAGCUGACGCACUCUUACCAGUUUGCGAUGUUUCCUAUAAUAAAGAUUUGCGUGGAGUCGGAUAUAUGUAGUUUGACGUCAUCGAUGGUUUUUGCCAGGAGUUCGUGUCCCUGCGCUUUUCUGCUCCUCCGAUUUAUUCGACAUGUAGUCGCCAAAACAUCGGAAAGAGAAAAGCAAUGCAAGAGUGAACUUCGCUUUUCAUCUAGUCGAGUAACUAACCAAAUAAAUGGAAAUUUAGCCCAUAAGGCACAUGACUUGUUAGUGAGGCGCAGAGUAUGAACUUGGUUGCGUCGCAACCAGUAACAGCAUUGCACCGAUGUAACCGAGGCAUCAAAGCUACCCGUUUCAGUCGACAGAAAAAAGCAAACAAUAAAUAUUCUCACUCUGGCAGCCAUUCUCGCGUCGAAUUAUUGCCAGUGAUUGACUGUUUCGAAACGAGGGAAAUUAAAUAAAUUAUAAAGGGAUUAUGUUUCGGGGCGAAUGUCACAGAUAUGUGGUCCAGGCUAGUAAUCUUCUCAGGUCGAGUUCUUUCUCGAUUCGACAAGCAGAUUGUGACGCGAAUCAGCACGCCUCAAAGGUCAAUGGUUCUUCACGCUGUAGUGCCCUGUUCCGCUUGCUGUAGUCCGUUGUUCCGCUAGCUUUUGCGUUCUAUUUUCUCUUUCGUGGAGAUAGCUGUGAUAAUUAUGUUGUAUUACGAACACCAGCCCAGCUACCAAGAAUUCUAAACACGCGCCGGCCACGCUGAUUGGCUCGGAAGAUGUCUUGUCCGAUGUGAGCAUGCGUAAUUCGACGGGAAAUGCACGUGUCAAAAGAAUAUAUAAAAACAACAAAGCUUCCUUCUUAGUCUUAGAGAUAUUGUGUCAUUAGCAGGGAGGUAUCCUUUAUGUUUUUCUAUUUAUCUAGAGCUUUUAUGUCGGCCGCAGUCAUUUGGGUCCCUUCGUAAGUGUGGUCCGUUGAGAAUAGAAUGCCAUCAAGCAUGUUGGACUCAAAUCUUUGUCCACCAAAGGCGAAGAAAUUCGCCCAUAGUUGCCGAAACACCAGCUCAGGGAGGUUUACAUACUGCGUACCGCCUCAACAUAGAUUAUCAACCAACACAAGGAUUUUUCAGCCCGAGGAGAUGGAGUCUAGGAUUAUUUUACCGCCAUCGUUGUUGACUCACUUAAGCGAGGAGGUUCUUGUGCUUAUUUUGGAGUAUUUGGACUUUAGGAGUCUUGUAAUGUUGGGCAAAACUUGCCGACUUUUUCAUCGACUCUGCCUUUCGGAUCUCAUAUGGCGUCAUCGAUGUAGGGUGGAUUUUGGUCUCAGAACAAGAUGGCCAGAGUAUACUUUUACUUACCUCUACGAAAUGUUUUACAAAGCAGAAGUACUUAAAAAUGAUCACAAUUUUUUCAGACCAGUCAGUCAACUUAAAACAUCUGUUAUUGUUUGGUAUCUGUUGAAUCCUGUUCCUCCGUCUCAAAGUGUAAGCCAUUUAACAGCAAGCCAGGCCAAGUCAAUAUGGGGAUUAACAGAUGAGGAACUUGAAUCAAAUUACCAUGACACAGACAGAGAAAGAGAAUUGCAAGAAGAUUUUCCUUCUAAUUAUUAUGAAUGGACUAGCUUAUACAAACUUUUUGUUCGCAAACAUGGUGGAAUUAGACAAAUGCAGACUUAUGUUCUCAAGCGUUGUCUGAGAAAUCGGCAAGCCCUUGAGGAACACUUUCAACUUUCUUUGCACUCUUCGCGGCAACAGAAAUGGUAUCAAUUUUUGGAGGACAGAGAUGCUGGAAACCGAAAGGCACUUAAAGCUUUAACAGAGCACAUGCCAAGGGUAACUCACAGCUACAUGUUACAUCAGAUCACAGCAAUGUACAUAGAUGGACACCUCAAAGGUGGUUUUCAGACUGUAGAGGCAUAUGCUGGAUUCUGUGGCUACUUCAAGAACUGGCUGGAUACCAAAAGCAUCAAGCUAAGUGUGCCUCGCCAAGGGGAAUUGGUGGCUGAAGAUUACAGAGCUUGUCUGGAGUAUGUCAACAGUGAGCUUGCAAAACAUGCAGAGGAAAUAGAGUUGACUGUGAAUGAUUUUAUGAGUAAAGCCAAGCCAUAUGUGGAGAGACUUCACGAAGUGUGGAUGUGGCAAAACCAGAAUGACACGGGUUACAGGAAGGAACACAGACCCUCCUCAGUGGUGAGGCGCCACAAGUGUUACAGGGAAUUUUUGGAGAAAGGAAAUAUGGAGGAUUUCAACCGUCUCAAGAUGUAUUUUGAAAGAAAAGAGAUAGUUGUAGCGUGGUUUAAGGAGAACAGCUGGUUACACACACUUCUUGGAGAUUUUGUGAUGAGACCUCUGAGGCCUGCGUGUUUAUCAUCAGACCUAUCAUCUUCACACUUCUCGUCCGAUUGCGUGUCUGGACUGGUUCAGAGGUUUUUGGAGACUGGUUAUCGUUCAGACUUCAACAAAAUCCGAAUGAAAUUGUCCGAAAUGGCUACACUUCAACUACAGAAUCUUGUGCGAAAAUCUCGCCAGCUGCGAGACUCGAUUCAGCAAGACGUCAUGAAGGACGAUUGUGUGUACGUCAGUGACUACGAAGAAAGAAACCUGAUGAACUUUUUCGGUAGGGACCCGUUCUCGGAAUACGGUCGGCGGAGAAUAGAAGUAGUCACCUUAGAUUAAGUAGAGAAGGUUUCCUUGACUACAUUGAUUUAGUGUACAGUCAGUAAGCUACAACCUCUUCGCGCUUUAUUUCAAGGUGACCUUUGUGUGGUGUUCAGAUGCUGCUGUGCUAUUUCCUUUGGCUCAACGCGGUUUGAUUUUUUGACUCGAUUAUCCGGUUCCUAGAUAGUCUUUCUUUGAAAAAAAAAAAAAAAAACUAUAUAUAUAUAUAUACAUAUUCGAAUCAUGUUCUUGCAAUGUUUGUACGUGGAAUCGAGAGUCCUUGAUUAACUUGAGUUCUUACUACUGGUCAAAUUCUUCGACCAGAAUUCUGCUUAAAUUCACAACGUUUUGUUUCUGUUUCAUAAUCAAAUCUGUAGUUAGGUCCAAGAAUGAUAAAGGUUUUUCUGUUUAGAUAUAAGUGAAUUAUUUAUUAUUUCAAGUCGAACUUAUUUUGUACAGUAUUGUUAGCCUCGAAAGAAAAAAAAACUAGGAAAAGAAAUAUUUGAAAGCAAAGCAUUUAGUAGCCAUAUUGCGACUACGCUGUUGUAUUAUAGGACGUCAAAAUUAACUAGGGGGGAGGGGAAAGUCAUAAUUGCUUGUCCAGUAUGGAUGGCCCUUUAUGGCUCAGUUACACUAGACUCUAUCGCAAAGUUACGCUUUGUAUACUACUUGUGUCGUUAAUUUUGUACGAAAUAUUUUUACACGGAUUUAAUAUUUUCGGAAGACUUGUAUUAUAGAUAUUUAAGCUUAUCGUAAUUUGUUGAGAACUUCCAUCCAGUUUUCAAGAAAAAAAUACUAAAGAAAGAUAAUUUUUUUUGCCGACCAAGCGGUCAUGAUAAUGUUGAAAAAGCGUACGAGUUAUUUAUUAUCCAAAGGAAUACUAUUUAGUUAAAUUAUCUGAUUUACUAUAUGACAUGAAGCUUUAGAUUGUGGUAGUUUUAUACUACUCAAUGCCAAAUCUCAUCCAAAUGAGCAGAGCAGAAUGCUUGAUUAAAGAACAUUGCCAACGUUGAA